AUGAUCUUACGGAGGAAUUCCAGAGACACGACGACUGGAUCAAGCGCCGCCAUUUUGGGACUCAAAGUGGUCGGCGGGAAAAUUUUAGAAAACGGUAUGACCGGGGCCAUUAUAGAAAAGGUUAAAAAAGGCAGUAUCGCAGACGUGGAAGGACAACUUAAACCUGGGGACGAAGUCAUAGAGUGGAACGGAAGAUCUCUGCAGGGUAAAACAUUUCAAGAAGUUGCUGAUAUUAUCGCUGAGAGUAGACAAGAAGCGAACGUCGAACUAAUAGUAUCCAGAAGUAUGGGAAAUAGAAGGGUGGCUCAAGCAAACUGGAGACAAUCAGUCGCUCAAAGAGGAACGACUGAGCCUAUGUGGAAUCAGACAUUCGUGUACUCAGGACUGAGGAGAGCCGAUCUCCGAUUACGUGCUUUAGAAAUAACCGUAUGGGACUACGUGCGAUAUGGAGCGAACGAUUUUUUAGGAGAAGCGAUAGUGGAAUUGUGGCCGUUGGAGGACCAGCCAAUGUGGAGGACGUUGGGUCCGCACGAGGAAAUCGCGUUGACGCCUAGCGAACACCUAUCGCCGCCUAGUACGGGGUCCAGCGAUACACCCUCGGAGUGCGACAUUGAAGGCGGCCGAGAUAGACGAAACGCUGAUGGAGCUAGCGUAAGCAGCGUGGGCAGUUCCUCGAGUCCGCCGCGGGAAAGUUCGGAGAGGAGGUCCAGAAGAGAACAGGAAACCAUGCAGGCAUAUCACAUGUACAACAAUACUAGCAGUAAAAAGGUCGGCGUGAUCAGCCACCGCUCCCAUUCGGCGGCGCCCUGUGACUCGCCGAGCGUCCAUUUAUCGCGUUCCCGUUCGAAAUCACCACGACGUUCCGCCACUGACCACCGAUCGCUGUCGCCGCCGGACGUCCGCCUUACAGAUUACACGCCCACCACGUACAAAAUGUCGCGCUUCCAGUCGCGCAGCGCGACUGCGACGCCCACCGGCUCGCCCAAGAAGCGACAGUUGCCGCAAGUGCCCCAGGCGCUGGCGAGGGCGCUGCAGGAAAGGGUGGCGCAGGAUUUGGAGGGGCACAGCGGCAACAGGAAUCGAAUGAGGUAUAUCCACACGUACCGAAGUACAGGUUCCGGGUGGGAGAGAAGGUAUAGCGGUUUAAGUGAUAGCGAUCUGGCGAAUCAUUCGAGAUUCGGCAACAGGAGAUCAUUUUCCCCGGAAAAAGAAAGAGAAAGGGAUCCCUUAGGAUUGGUGGAUUUCGAUAGCGAUAUGGAAAGCGUUGUUUCUGUUACCAGCAGCGCUUUUUCGACGCAAUCGGAAAGGCCUAGAGGCACAAGAGGACUCGGGACCAUUAUAAAACCCAUCUUUAGAACUUUAUCCAAACCCGUAUUUGAUUCUAGCCACCCAAUAAACUCUAAAAAUAGUAACCAAAUGCACCAAACCCAAUACCUCAACCCCGAACAAUCAAACCAAACCCUUUACAAAUCUGUAACUUUCGGAUCUGUAAAAACCUACCACCCCUUAGAUGGAGUAGAUUUAGAAAAGCGAACGAUUCGUAGAGUUCUACCAUCGCUUCCAGAACCUAAAAAUGCAAAAGAAAAUAAAAACGGUGACGGAUCUAACGAAUUAUUCCAAAUUUUCAGCGAAAGUUUCAGUCCGCAUUUGCUUGAUUGCAGCUGCGAAAAUACUGAAAUAUGUAUCGACACUAUCGAUAUUGAUAUCCCUGAUAACACCAACGAUGAUUAUCUCCUUAACAACCCUAAUAACAACCUCCCUGCUAACGAUAUUAUCAAUAGCGUUGAAAGCACCAAUACAACCAUAUCUCGAACACCUUCUCCGCCUUUUAUAUUUAAAAAAUGUAGCAUAGACACAACUAGUAUUGCUAGUAAAGCUUUUAAUGACGCCUCAAUUGAUCUUGGUAGUACCGAGUACGGCUACAGGACAAUGAAUUCGAGGGGCGUUCGGGAAAGAGACCACCACGACCAUCCGAGGGAACCCAUAGAACCUCUAGACCCGCAUCAUAACUACCAUCUGAACCACAACCACCAUGUUCACCACCAUCACCAUAGGGAGGGAAGCGUGAAACGAGGGCAGUUUACGAGGAGUUUGUCUAAUACUGAACCACCUACAGAUGAGAAAACUGAUGGUAGCUUAAGUGAUACGGCCGUAAGCCAAAUCCAUGGUUUAGAAGUUCCUCAAAAAGAUUCGAUGAAUCGAAAAGACAGUCCUCGCGAUAGGGACAGAGAUCGACAAGGCCAAUUUGUCGGCAUGGGCAAGAAAAGCAGUUCAACCAGCCAAUUAUCGGCAACAGGACGAAAACGAAGGAUGGGUUUUGGAAAAAGAGGAAAAACAUCGUUUACGGUACAAAGAUCUGAGGAAAUCUUGCCAGGCGACGGCAGACUUACGAAACAAGGUUCGUCGGCGUCGAGCGAUGGAGAAGGAUCUGCAGAUGGAGACAGGUCUUGA